AUGUCUUACCGCAACGACUCCGACAGCUACGGCAGUGGCAACCAGAGCUCCGGCUACGGUGACAACAACUCCUCCAGCUACGGCGGUAACCAGUCCGGCUCUGGUCGUGACCAGGACAGCUACGGUAGCAACAACAAUGACUCCUCCAGCUACGGUGGCAACCAGUCCAGCUCUGGUCGCAACCAGGAUAGCUACGGCAGCAGCAACAAUGACUCCUCCAGCUAUGGUGACAACGACUCCUCCAGCUACGGCAACAAGUCUAGCUCUGGUAGCAACCAGGAUAGCUACGGCAGCAGCAACAAUGACUCUUCCAGCUAUGGUGACAACGACUCCUCCAGCUACGGCAACAAGUCCAGCUCUGGGUCCAAGAAGGAUACCUACGGCAGCAACAAUGAUUCCUCCAGCUACGGCGGCAACCAGGACAGCUACGGUAGCAACAACGACUCUUCCAGCUACGGCGGUAACAAGUCCAGCUCCGGUGGCAACCAGGACAGCUACGGCAGCAACAAUGACUCCUCCAGCUACGGCGGCAACCAGUCCUCCAAGAAGGACAGCUACGGUAGCAACAAUGACUCUUCCAGCUAUGGUGACAACGACUCCUCCAGCUACGGCAACAAGUCCAGCUCCGGUGGCAACCAGGACAGCUACGGCAGCAACAACAACUCCAGCUACGGCAACUCCAGCUCUGGCAACAAUGACUCUUCCAGCGGCAGCUUUGGUAACCAGCUGCUGAACAAGGCUGAAGGAUUCCUCAACAACGACCGUAAUUAA